GAGACGUCCCCCGGGGUGGGGGUCAGUGUCACACUGCCCGCUCUGUGAUGUGUUAGCCGGGCCGGGGGGGAUCGCAGGCCGUGAGCUGUACACGGUCCCGUUCCCGGGUAUCGGUCAGCUAUGGAGCCGUUUACCGCGGCUGCGGCCGGCAGGCAGUCCCUCGUCCAGGGGGCAGCGAUGUGCCCCGUCCCUCCGGGAGAGCCGGACGUCGGGGGGAAUCGCUACGGGCCGCGGACUCUGGUGACCAACUGGUUCGAGGAGAGGAGCGGGCUGGGCGAAAUUCGGAAAAUGAAGCCGCUGCCGACUCAGUACGAAUAUGUCUACAGAACAAUAUACAUGGAUACGUACGGCAAAGCAGACACAAGACACAAAGUGUUUAAGGACGAGCCCCACGUCUACCCCGGGCACCAACCGGAGCUGAACCCUCCCCACACCAAAGCGGCCCCGAAGACGAGCUACAUGCUGGACUACGAGGACCCCGGCCUCCAGACGGACCCGGCCCACCGGCGGCUGGGGCACCGCGGCCCCCCGGUCCCACCCGGGGCGGGCGCGGGUGCGGGCUGGAACCCGCUGUGCUCCUCUUCGGCUGCUGGCGCGGCAGCGGCCGUGGAGCCCCGGUUCUGCGGGUCUUACGUUCCCCCGGAAGGCCACUCGGGGCAGUGGCCGGCUGAUUUCUGUCGCCCUUGCGCUGUCCCUCCCGGAGCCGGCGUGGCUGGCUGGUGUGGAGCUGCUAUCCCCUAA